AUGUCAGCACAAACAAUACACCCGGGCGAGGUUUCGCUCUCCAAGCUCUUGGCUACGUUGACAGCCACACUACACCCCUCGACCUACGUCUUCGCCGUGCUUGCAGACGAGUCCAAACUUCCCCCAUUUUCAGAAGUCGAGAUGUUCUUCCGCGAAGCCAAAUCUGAAGGCAUCAGCGUGAUUACCACUNNCGAGUAUGCCGAAAAUCGUGGACUUGAGUACGCUUUCCCAUGCCGCAAGAUUACAUUGGAUGUCACAUCGAGUUUGGAUGCCGUUGGAUUUAUUGCGGUUGUCGCGACAAGACUUGCUGCUGCUGGAAUGGGCGUGAAUCCGAUCAGUGGAUUCUAUCAUGAUCACUUAUUUGUGCCAUUAGGAAGAGAGGAGAACGCGCUCAAGGUGAUUGCUGAGUUGGCUGAAGAGAAGAAAAGAGAAGCUCAAGUCUGA